GCAUGUGAACAGUCUUAAUCGUUUUAAAUCUAUAAAUUAUGUUAACUUCCUUGUCUGUCUUUAUUUUGUCACCGGGCAUAUAGCUAUCUGGAUUCAUUUAGGAUAGACUAGUUGUUUAUUCGACUUAAAUUUCAGCAGCAAAAUGGAGUGUUAGGACGUUUAAACCUUGGAAAAGAGAAGAAUGUAUACCACUGCUGUCUUCUGUUUGUUUGUUCUUGCUGCUGCAUUCGAAUGCAAUGCGGAAAUUGUUAUCAGGAACAAAGAUGGGUUGACCAAAAUUGUACACCAUAAAGUCAAAGAUAACUUUUUCGUAGCUGAAAAGAACAAAAUUUACAAGUUUGAUAGUGAGUUUAACAUUCUAAAGGAGCAGGAGGUAAAUAAAACAUGCGGAAACAAAUGCAACAACACUUUCACUGUGGCAUUGGUUGAUGAACGCAAUGACCUCCUGAUUUUGUGUGGAACUCAUCAUGGUGGUCUAUGUGAAACAAGAAAUACAAGUGAUCUUCAACAAUUAAGAAAAAUUCCUGGAGUGUUUCCAACAACAGAAACACACCGUGUGCAGGGAAUGGUUACAUAUGAUACGGAUAAAGAACAAUCAUAUUUGACUAUUGCAAAGACAUUGGACUAUAUUAUAGAAGAUGCCACUUAUCAAAAAAUAAUUCAAAGAUAUAUUAUGGAAACACUUACUGAAUCUACUUUUGUUUCAUUGGUUUCCACACUCAGUUUUAAAAUAGAUUAUAGAUCUGCAUUUAGUUCAGAAAGAUAUACUUAUUUUUUCACCAAUCAGCUCGAAGACUUGCGACCCAAUGCAAACUAUACGUCUAAAAUAUCGAGGAUGUGUAACAAGAACUACAGGUCAUUUUUUGAUACCCCUAUUCAAUGUGAAGAUUAUGAAAGCUACAAUGUAGUACAAGAUGCACUUUUAGUAGAUGUAGAUAGAAUUAAAAGACUGUAUAUUACAUUUGCACAUGCAGAACAAACAGGAAAUAGUAUUCUUUGCUCUGCUGAAAUGGAGGACAUUAACCAGAAAUUAAAGCUACUGCAAGAACGGGCUGUAAAUUGCAGUUAUAACAACACCUUUGGAUACUUAUAUAGCUCUUCAUGUCUCAAUGGUAUAGAUGGGUUUGCUGACCUCGAGUGCGUAUUUAACCAACCCUAUUUUAAGAGUGGAAAAGGGACUGUUAAGACAAACCUUCUUAGUAAGACAAAUAAUAAGGAAGGUUACAUCACAACACUGUCCACUACAAAGGUGGAAAACAAGGAUGUUCUCAUAGCUGGAACCUCUAAUGGAUUUAUUUUAAAGUAUGUUAUUGACACCAGUGAUUUGAUAAAGUACGAGUCAUUAUCAGUACAACCGAAUGAUCAGAUACCUAUAAAAAGCGUUUUGCAGAUUGAUGAGGAGUCGACCUACGCUUCAACCACAACUACGGUAUAUAAGUUUUCAAGCACAAAAUGCUCCGAGUUCCGUUCCUGUAAUGCAACAAUGGAAGGCAAAAACCCCCUUUGUGGAUGGUGUGUUUACUCUCAAAGAGCCACCAGGCGAAAUGAUUGUACAUACCAGGGAAGUCCGAACCACUGGCUGUCAGCACUGUCUAAUUGCACAUCUUUACAAUUGCAACCCACUGGGAUUCCCAUUGGCACAAACAAAACAGUAAAAUUUAUUGUUAAAAAUCUUCCUCAACGUUUGGAGAAUGAUACGUACUUCUGUCAAGUGGAAGAUAGUCAAGUGCUUGAAACCGUAAUACAAGGAGAUGAACUGAGUUGUACCAUUGUUGGCAAAAAUGAACAUAAAGAGGUCUCAAUGAGACUAGUAGUAAACCACAAAACAGAGAACAUUUCAAUAGCAGAGGCACCUUUCUUGUUUUACAAUUGUUCAUCUUUUAAAAGGUGUGGUAAGUGUGUGGAAACCUCUGGUGCUAGCUGUUGGUGGAACACAGCUAAUGGAGCCUGUUCUUUGAUUGAAGGUGAAAGACAAGAUAGAGUUAACCAGUCCAAAGAUUGCCCGCGUCUUGAAAAGAUACACCAAAGAUAUAUCCCAAGUGGGGUUGAUACAAAUUUGACAUUGCAAAUUAGAAACCUGAAUAACAUUGUACAAGAUGAGGACAAGUCCAGUGAUGCUGAUGACAUUUCUAUUCAUGUCGAAUUCCAGUCAAAUAGAUUUAAAUGUUCUGAUAUUACUACAGGGUCCAUCCAUUGUACAAUUAAUGGGACGACAAACAUCAAAAAGGAAAACUUGCUUCUGCAAAUAUAUUAUGAAACUGAAAGUGGCAAAGUUUAUAUUGACAACCCAUACUCAAUUGAUGUUAUUGUGUACAACUGCUACAAACUUUCACAAGGGAAAUGCAACUAUUGUAAUGCAUUGAAGUCCGACUACAUAUGCCAUUGGCCUUCAACAGGAGAAGGUUGUGUGUAUGGUCAAAACGUCAGUGCAGGGUAUACAUGUCCAAGGCCAGAAAUAACUAAGAUUUUGCCAAGAGAUGGAUUAACAGGACCCGGAACGAUAAUCACAGUGUAUGGAAAUGAGUUUGGAACAGAAAAUGAUACUAUAAAACAUGACGUGAAUGAUCGUAAAAGACCAAUGAUCGUAAAUAGAUACUGCUCGGGGAAUUUUAGUGACAACUACAUCAAAGAUAUGGAGGGCCCUGAGGACUUUAGUCGAAACAUUCGAAAAAGCUUUCAAUGUAAACUUGGUCCCUAUCGCUCUAAUAAUACAACAAGAAAUGAAACAAGAUUCUACCUUAUGGAAACAAUAUCAGAAAUUAAUGGAAGCAAUGUGUUGCCCAUAUGGAAGAAAACGGGCGAUGUGUAUGUGCUAUCAAUAGAACCAAAUAAGGGGCCAGCAAUUGGUGGAACAAUAAUAUCAUUAACUGGAAAGAAUCUUGGUAUUGGAAAUCGAGCUGUUAAGAGUGUUCUAUUUGACGAAAGUGAAACACUCUGUGUUAAUUCAAAAGUUCAGUCAUUUUUGGAUCCAAUACUAGGAAAUGUGGACUUUAGAGUCACAUGUAAAGUUAAUAUUAAUGACAAGAGAAUGCCAGGAACAAGAAUGAAAUUUUCAGAACUAACUAUUCCGGACAAAGAGCACAUCAAAACAGGAGAGGAAGUUUCAGAACUAUUUUUCAACUUUUUACCGAACCCAGAAAUUGGAAGCAUUCAACCCAAUAAAGGUUUCUUAAGUGGUGGAACAAGAUUAACAGUCAAGGGACAAAACCUGAACAGCUCAAGUACUGGCUCUGUAAUCAUUGUAUUUGGAAGAGAAACACAGGAAAUAGGCUGCAUAAUUGAUCCGAAUUCGGCUGACCAAGUUCUUUGUGAAGUACCACCAGCUACACCAGGUAUCAGGAGUGCAUUAGGAAACAGCAAUCCCUCCAAUAGUCAAAGGAAGAAAAGGUCAAAUCACUGUGAUGGAUGUGUAACAGUCAAGAUCAUUGUUAAACUGGAUGGAGUUGAGUCGAGUUUUACCAUUUCAUAUUUUCAUGAUCCUUCCAUCAACAAAUUUGAUAACAAUGUUCUGCUCUACGAAACGGAUCAACAGUAUUUGGAAAUAGAGGGCGAAAAUCUAAACCUUGUUGCAGCGAUGCACGAUAUCAACAUUACGAUUGGAUUAGGUGAAUGUAAUGUUGUUGAGCUCACAGGCACUUAUAUGCGAUGCAAGGCCCCAAGUUCUCAACCGCAGCCAGGGAUACCAGGAACUACCUUGCCCGAAGUCAAUGUGACGAUAGGAAACAUACAUACAACUGUGGGAUACAUUAAGUACAAAAAAAAUUUCGAGAACGUCCUGAUCAUAGCCGGAGCAGCAGCUGGAGCUGCACUGUUUCUUCUUGUGUUGGUGGUAGCGUUCUUUGUCUGCAAGUAUCGGAAGGUGGGGUCCAAAGCAAAAGCCUUGGAAAAACAACUCAACAACCUUGAAUUGGAAAUCAAGCAUGUUGCAAAAGAAGAGUUCCUUGACAUGCAGACGUCUAUGUCUACAGUUAAUCGUAACCUCAUAGAGCAAGGAUUCCCCUACCACUCGUAUCAACAGUACGCGUGUAAUGCCAUGUUCGCUACCGACUAUCUGAUGUCAGAUCCCGUAGUAAGUAGUUACAAGAUGUCUGACGAACUGCGGGCUCGAGCGAGGACGGGAAUGGAACGUUUCCAAGGUCUGCUUGAGAACAAGUUCUUCCUCGUUUCCCUGAUAACGACCAUGGAGAAACAGAAACACUUCUUUAUCAAGGAAAAAUCCAAUUUUGCUGGCAAUCUAUGCGCCAUCAUGAUGGGACGUAUGGACUACAUGCAUGAAGUGUUACAAGUUCUGAUCACCCAGUUGGUUGAGGACCCUUCAUCCAAGAGAGACGUGAAAACAUUGUUCAGAAGGAGUGAGAGUAUCACGGAGAAGCUUCUGAGCAACUGGCUGUCCCUCUGUUUGUACCCUCACCUAAAGGAUCACACCGGUUCACUUCUGUACCUGUUGUACAUCGCCACCAGGAAAACGAUGGAGGCUGGCCCUAUUGAUGCUUUAACCAAUGAUGCAAAGUACACACUUUCGGAGGAGAAACUGCUCCGGAAAUAUCAAGGCUCGGCCACAGACGAGGAAACGACGGAUGUGAAGUUUGAGGCUAAAGCAUUGACAUUGAACGUAGUGGUCGACAAUGGAGAGGAAAUCUACCCAUGUAAAGCUCUCGACUGCGACACAGUUAACCAGGUGAAAGCCAAGUGCCUCGACCAGAUCUAUGUCAACUACCCGGCCUCGCAACUUCCUGUAGAUCCCACUGAACUUCUUCUUGAGUGGCAUGCCGGAUUCAGCGGACGAAUGAUACUUCGUGAUAAAGACAACACGUCCAAGCGUGAUGGUGAAUGGAUUCGUGUUAACACACUGGCGCACUACGCAGUGGCCGACCAAAGUAACAUGGCCCUCGUAGAUCCACGGAAUGCUGAGCUCAGUCAGCAGGAGGAUUAUGUGAACUUGGCACAGAUUGACCCUGGCUUCGAUGUCAACAGUAUGGGGUCUGACCAACCGUUGACGGCCGAGUGUUCCACUUCGCAUGACGAAGAAAACCCGAUGGAACUGAAACAGUGGCACUUGUUAAAGGAUGAUGAUGCAAACAAGAAGGAGAAAUCUGCCAUUGAUGAGCUGUACUUGAACAGGCUUAUCACAACCAAGUUGUCACUUGUGAAGUACAUAGAUGACUUGUUCAGCCUGGUAUUGGAGAACAGCAAGUGUCCUCCGCCCGUCAAGUUCCUCUAUGAUUUCCUGGAUGAUCUUGCAGAAAAACAAAAAAUAGAUCCCGACACACUCCAUGCCUGGAAAAGCCAUAGCUACUCCAUUCGCAUCUGGGCCAUGCUUAUCAAGACACCGUCAAUUCUGUUCGAUAUCAAUGCCCCGUCCUAUGUUUCGGAGAGUCUGGAUGUGAUCAGUCAAGUCUUCAUUGAGAGCUUCAGUCGCACGGAACAGGCCGUGUCAAAGGAAUCGCCAACUCAGAAGCUUAUUUUCCGAAAUGAGCUGACGAAGUUCAGAACACAUGUUCAGGAGUUCUACAAAAAUGUCAAAGAGAACGUGCAGAAACCCGAUGAGCUUGGACAAUACCUGACAAGUAUUAACAGAAACCAGCAGGAAACUACUUUCAACAAGAAUGCAGCACUUUACAGAUUAUACGAGCAGAUCAAGCCAUAUACCGACGAGAUUCUAGACGACCUGUCAAUCUGCCAGGAGACCAGAUGUCUGCAGUUGAACAAGAAGUUAGAUGACAUAUUCUCUAUGAUGGAAGAAUAGAAAGGGAGUUUUUCGGAAUAGGGCAGUUUUAACAAAAAAGAUAUUUGAUAUAAGUGAUUUCAAUUUAAAGGUGUUUGCACAAAUAGUUUGUUAAUUCAGUAAAAAAGACAGCAUUUCCUAUAGAUAAUUGUUACAUGCAUUUAUUGAAUUAUACAAACAGAACGACCUUAAAGGCUAUCAUAAUUUUAUCUUCAUGACAUUAAAGAUGUAUAUACGUAUAGUUUGUGUAAAGUUAAGUUGAUUUUAUUACCCAUAAUGUACAUUGAAACUGUAAUCAGAUUAUUGAUAAUAUGGAUUGAUAGAUAUAUUUUUUUGCAUUUAGAGAGUAUAUACAUAAUCAGUUUUUGUAUGAUAUCACCGAAAUUUAAUUAUAAAUUGUGUUAUUCACAUUUGUGUGUUUUCAAAAGUGCUAGUAUAAAGGUAUAUUUGAUCAUCUAGCUUUAUGUAUAGGCAAUGCUCAAUGUAUUCUCAAUUUUCUCUAUUUUUAUACUAUCAUUUGUGAUUGAUUUUGUAAUGAUAACUGUGUGAUAUAAUAAUAUUAUAUAGUUUAUUGGUCAUUUAUUAUAUUAAGAAGUGCCUUUGUCAAUGUCCCAUAUUUAUCAUAUGUGUAUUGUUAUGUAUGCAAACAUGCCCUUGAUAUAUUUCUCCACAAACGUGUACAUUGAAUCUAUAUUUCCUUCGAUCAUUGUGGGUUAGACUGAUUGAUAUAUAUUAUCUAUUUAAUGUUUGGUAUUUUUUUAUUAAUUAUAACUAAAUGAAUCGUGUGAACUGUAUCAGCUAUCUUGGUGUUUCACAAAAGUAGCUUUAUGUAUAAUUCAGUUUUAAAAAUCUGAUUCUUACAAAUCUGCUGAUAAAUUGCUGAUAAAAUGGAAAUAAUAUCUUUUACCAAGAAAUAUAUCCACAUAAAGCCUAACUUAUACUGCCUGUUCGACCUGGAUAAGGUUUUAAAAUCGUUUGAUCUCGAAUAGAUUUUGCAAAAACAUUUUUUCUGCAAUUAACAUGGACGAGUAAAUUAGUCCCAAUGGUCCAUAUUCAUCAACAACCCCGACUCUGAGAUUGAGGCUCACACUCACAAUAAUACAUCAUGUUCUUGCUUGUUUCUCACAAAGAGUUUGAGUAUUGAAAAUAUAGAAUUUAUAACUUACACAGCAAAUUUUCAACAAGCUAUUUUUACAAUAAACUGGAUCCAUAAUGACCAAUGUCUUGAGUCUGAAAUACAGAUUGUCUUAAGUACAUUCUAAAACUGCAUGAGAAGAGCAUUCGUUGUUCAAAGCAUUGACUAUUUUAUAAUGAACACAUUCUACAGUGCUAUAAACUUAUCAGUAAUAAUUAGAAUCUCAGAUUUAUUUUGCUUCUUAGACUCGGGUUCAAGACGUUAUUCACUAAAGGCCCAUGUAUGUGAACUUAUAUUUUAUACUGUAUAUAAUGAUACUGUUUUCGAAACAUCACAUUGUUCUCAUAUCUAUUGAAUAACAUCAUACAUAAAUAUAUGAUUGUGCCAAAUCAUUUUGAUAUCUCAAAUAUAUAUUGUUAGUUUAAAAACAGUUUUAAUCAAAUGUGUCAAAAUGCGUACAAUGUAACUUUGUAUUAGAGUUCCUUGCCAUUCCAGCCAGCUUGCUUGUUUCAAAAUAUAAUUUGCUACAUACCAGAGCAAAGCGGUCUACAGCUCAGAAUGAAAUAUUUAAAACAACGAUGUUAUGUUAUGUUAUUCACUUGUUGAUGUGAUGAUCUCUCUAUAAUAAAAUAUAUGUGGUAUGUUAAUUUCUCGUCAAAAUUCAGGAAAACUUCACUAACUUAAACGCACUCAGAAAAAGUAAUUGAAAUUAGAAAUAUUUUGAUCAUCAUUUUUAUAUUUUUUUCCUCAUUCUUUCUGCCAAAGUUAUCAAUUGCUUUACACAGAUUUUAUCAGGAUGGGAUAUACGUGUACUGUUGUGAUGCGGCGUCGUUUGCUGCAUCAUUGCGGCGUCAGUGUCACACACCUGUUCCCGAUCAAUAACAUUUCUAUUGUUGUGGAGUCCUUAUGUUUUUGGUAAAUGACCUAUUUAAUUUUUGGAUCAGUCAGUCAAAGGUCAAAGACAUGGUCACCUAAUUGAUAUAUGAUGGAUACCCUCGAAUGGCGACACAUCCAAUUUGCCACAUUCUUGAUAUAUACUACUGUUGAACAAUAAAUAUAUCUGUGUUUGUAAAUUCAAAUUAUGACUAAUUUCUAAUGCUUGCCAAAAUGAUGAUGAGAUUUUAGUUAAGUUUCAAUUUUUUGUCUGAAUGAAAUCAACGUUAAUAGCUUUAUGUAAUCGUUUGCAAUGAAGCUUCCAUUGAUUUGAUAAGAUGUAAUUUUCUUUUAUAUUUGUUUUGUUUUUAUGUUUUUCGCUUGACUGCAUAAAACUGAACUGUUUCUUUAUUAACCUGAAAACCAUUUUCGCCAUUUUGUAACAUCUUAACUGUAUGCAUCAUUUCGGAAUUUGCUUACAAUACAUUUUUUUAAGCUUGAAUAUUCGAAGAAUUAGGAAGAAUAAGGAAAGCUAUUCUAUGCAAUCUAGAGUCGGUGUCACCCUCGCCUUCGGUGUCACACCUUGGUUAAGGGUAUGCAUAAUAUAUUGCAUUUUAACAUUAGAUAUGUUCUCCCUACUAUCCCAUCCACUUCAUUAAUUGAAUUAUAAGGAUUUGCGUGAAUGGACACUUACCGGUAAGUCGAUAUCAAAUACAUCAUGUAUUGCAUUGAAUCAUACAUGGACCCUCAACCAUCUUAAUUUAUUAAGAUAGAUAACUCUGGCUGGUCUUUAAUAUACAUUUUGACCCUUGAUUAUAAGAUGUGGAAAUUCUGGUAAAGGUUUUGCAUUUAAGUCUCAAUAACUGUGAUUCAUGCAUGUUUCAAUAUAACAUUUCAACCCUUUGACUUCAAUGCGGCGGAGAAGUCGAGCGCGCUGUCCCUGACAUUGUUUUUUUUAAAUAAUCGUCAGUCAAUUGUACAGACCUGGAUAAUAUAUAAUAUCAAGAAUUUCAAUUGGAUAACUAGUUUAAAUCACGUUUUGAAUCGUAUAGGCUACAAGUUAUUAGUUUCGAAAUAGGUAAUAGAACAAUUCAGAAAUAACCAUUGAAGAGCGACCACACUCGUAUUACGUUGGUUAGAUGGCACAUUAUGCUAAAUGCUUGUUGUGUUUCACUCAUGUUUGUUUUUCUAGUAAUUCAGUGUGUCCUUUUAUCAGUUUGUUUUCUUCUCGUUGAUGUCAGUUGUUUGAUUUCAAUAUAAUGUUCAAUAUAUUAAAAGUUCGAGAGAAUUCCCUCUACUUCUUAUAUUUAUCCUAAUUGAAAAUAUUUAUCAAUGUUAUUUUUGUGCUUGUCUAACGGAGUUCUUGUUAAUUCUUAGACUUUAAAGGGUAACGUUCAAAAACUGUUAAGCUAAUAAAAUGUUUUUUUCAUUGUUGUUUGUAAAAAAUAUCAUCACAUACCUCUGUACUUACAUAUUACUCUUUGCAAUAAAAGUCUAACCCAAAA